AACCGACAGGACGACAACAUGAACGGCUACACGGAUCUGCCCACAACCAUGGAAAACAGCCGGAACUGCCUGCGACGGAUCGCCCGACACGAUGAUCAGGAGUUUUCUAAUCAAAGCAUAUUGAACGCCAUGGAAAAGUUCGUCAAGAAUGUAAACGCCAUGGAUGAGACGAUACUGGUACCGUGCAGAUUAAUGGAUCGCAAGGUCGGUGAUGCUACAGACACUGUGCCAGUUGCACCCAAAGCACAACACCACGGAGCACACCACGGCAAGAAAUCGAACCGCGCUUCUAUCCGCGAAGUCCUGAACACUUCCGAACUGUUCCAGCUGUACAACAUGCUGAAGUUGGUAAAGGUGGAUUUGCUUUGGGGGCGCCAGGAUGCGGAAGACAAUGUCGAAGAAUCGGUGGUAAAGGGUUGUGCGACGAAGAAAUCGGCAUCCUCGUCCAAGACUAACAGCAAUAACACUGACACCACCGGUACAAACACGAGCUCCACCGCAAAUAGCACUAGCAGUAAUGCAACCACGGACGUGACCACGGCAAACAGCAAUACCGGAACCUCGGUGACCGGAAGCGAAAAGGUCGAUGCCAACAGUCCUGCCCCAAUGACAUCGGCCAAGGGCCAUAAUCGACGACCGAGCACGGUAUCGGUAGCUUCCUCCAACUCGGCAAGCACGCUGAGCGAUUCCGAUAGUGAAACGUCAGCGGAAAACGAUUCCGGUAUCGAGUCGGAGGGUAACCAGGAGCAGGAUCGCAGCGCUGAGCUUGCCAAACAGUUUCGCACGCAUCUGAUCGGACUGUACCGAUCACUGGAGCAGAUGAGUGAGGCUGCCAACUAUCUGACUGCGCGGUAUCAGAGCGAUGUUGGGCCGGUUUAGAUUGUUCGCCAUCAUCCCUUCACUACCUUU